AUGUAUUUUCCCACGUACAUAUCUGUGUUCAUCUCAUGGAUUGCCUUUUGCAUUGACUCAAAAGCCUUACCAGCAAGGAUUGUACUUGGAGUUAAUUCACUCAUGUCUCUCACUUUUCAGUUUGGUAACAUUAUACGCUCACUGCCGCCUGUUUCCUACAUUAAAGCGAUCGACAUCUGGAUGUUCACAUGUGUUGCCUUCAUUUUUGCUUCACUUCUUGAACUGGCUUUCGUCGCCUAUCAGGACAAGAAACUGCUACUGAAAUCAAGCCGAUCUGGAAAUGCAGUGAAUACCAUGAUGGCCUUAAUGAAGAAUAUUAUGCCGUUUGGCGAAGGACAGGAUGAAACUACCCCGGAACGAAUAGGACGACGCAAUACUGAUGACACCGCAUCGAUGACCUCUGGUAGGAUCUCUUCUGACGCGCCCUCGCUUGAUCGCGAGAUCGCUGCUCGGCGACGAUUGCACUAUUUGAAGAAGAAACGACGGCUCCUCGACUUCGGAAAUCAAGUCGAUCGAAUAUCAUUUUUUGCAUUUCCCACGUCAUUCCUUGCGUUCAACGUCUUUUACUGGGGUUUCUACCUCCAAGAGCCAUCAUCGUCAGCGACAGCUUGGAACGAGUGA